UUCCCGACGCACAGUCACCCGGACAGGAUGCGAAAGUUGGUACUCUUACUAGUGUUUUUCGCUUCGUUGUACGCUUUCGCACAACGUGUGAAAUGCGUAUCUGAUUCGAAGUAUUUCAUCCCAAAUUUUACGGCAAACUGGUUUAAAGCAGUGGAAUAUUGCAACUACCUUGGAAUGCGGCUGGUUGUAAUUUCGUCUGCGGAGGAACAAGGCAAGGUAACGCAGAUGAUUAUGGACACGGAUAAAUUCAGCAAUGACACUACGGAAAUCUGGAUCGGGGGAAGUGAUUUAGCCGAGGAAGGUAAUUUCUACUGGCAUUCCACGGGAGUAAGAGUACGCUAUACGAACUGGAAGAAAAAUCAACCCGACAACGCUCAGAACAUGGAACACUGCUUGGAGAUCCGAUAUAUUCCCGUUCAUGGCUGGAAUUGGCACUGGAACGACCGGGUGUGUAAGGAGCAACGGUAUUUUGUUUGUGAAAACUUGGAACCCGGAAAGGAGAUUGUUAUGUUCUAGGGCAAUGAUUACGGUUCCUAAUAUUUUCUUUUACUUCAUCUGAUAUCUCUUAAUAAAAUUCGAUUAUUUACCUACAAAGAA